UGACAGAUAAUGUAAUAUUUAUUCUCAGCCGCAGAUAUUCAAUUUUAAUACAAAAGUCAUAGAAGCUAAAUUUACACAAGAUCUCAGUGAAUUAUAAUUUAAAUGACAAAAAUAAUUAAAAUGAGAAUCUGUUAGAAAAAUUAUAUUGGAAAAGUGCUUAUUUUGAAUUUGUUAAACAAUGUACAUACAUAUGUGGCUGAUAGGAAGAAGAAGCCUAGUAUAUAUGAGAUGAGUUAAUUAAUCUAAGAAAUGCGUUCACAUAGCCACGAUACCAGAGUACGAUGAUGGUAUGCGAGUUGGUCUUACGCCAGAAAACGUUGCUGAAGUAAUUUUGACGUAUAGUGCCGAGUGUCGAUAAAAAUCGGUGUCGUUUCCGGUUACUUAGACUCGACUGUUGAGGGUGGAUCAAACGAGCUUACGCCGGUUUACUGGUAUUUUCUAUUUAUGAACUAAGUACAUACAUACAUAUUUACUUGAAAGCAAUUAUUCAAAAGCCCGCCAUAUCGGCCGUAUCUGCUGUUCGGCUUUGUAUUUGCAAUUUGUUAGUGCUUUUAUAAUCCUCAAACAUCAGUGCUGGAGUUAGAUAAUUUUUUCCUCUGCGAAUGGCAGGCACCUUGUCGUGGUGCUGGGGCUUAAGUCGCAAGGCAUACUCGGCACCUCCCAACCAGUAUUAGCGGUGCUGCCUUGCACUGCUUAGGCUGGUUGUCAGAUGCCCUAUGCGUGUGGCAACCAAGAUCUGCCACCUCCUAAUCCAGGGUGUUAUGCGACUUCCGUGCCCAUUGGAUGAUUUGCAGCCAGGAGGUUAAUUCGGCUGUAUUCUAACGGAGCCUUCCCAACACCGGGCCGAAUUGGGAAGUAACGGUGGCCUUACCGCGUCAUGGGGCUCUGGCGCGACGGACCUUCGUGUUCCCCUAUAUAAAUGUAGACCCGACCGUUCACCGCGUUGAGCCGAGGGUCGUAAGAACAAGAUGAUAAACAACAAAACAGCAAACACAACUUCAAUAAUAACUACGACAAGGCAAAGACCACAGCAGACGACAAAGGACAACGACAAUGACAACAGUACCGGUGCAGAUAAGGUGUGUUCAGGAGCUAAACCUAUGUUUAGCUUCCUGGAUGCCCUAUCGCCAGAGGAUCGUGCGUUAUUUGAAGAGCAUGUUAGGGAGGAUGACGUCGACAUGCCCCCCUGUAGUGGCGCUCAGCAGACGACAUCCACUGCGGUGGCUGGAAAUGUAACGAACACUACCAUAGCUCCCUCAAACAGGCUCACCUGCCCGGAUUCCGGAGAAGGACGUAGUCAAAGGAAGAAGAGGAAACGGAGAGCCAGACUACCGCCUCUACCACCAGCAGGUCAUCCAGGUGGUUACGAUGACCCUCGUAGGAGAGAAAUGAGCGGUGCCUGCUUUAAAUGGUACCUGAGGCACCUCCAGGAUGGAAGAACUCCUGAGGAGGCCGAGCAGAUGGCGCGUAACAGGAUCAGAGACAGCGCCGCUUCAAAGGCGCGUAAAGCCAGAAAUAACGCAUUCGUUAACAAACGGAGAAGCGGGACUUGGAUCCGCGAUCCAGUCAUUGCGGAAAUCGAAAAGACGGCGCCUCCGAAGACACAUACCAUGAAACGCAAAAGCGAACACACAACGCCACAGGAGCCACCGAACACUAAACGACAGAAGGUUGAUUAUGUCCAGGUAGCUGAAGGUCUACUCUCCGCACCUAAUCCUCCACGGGUGGCUGAGAGACAGCGUAGAUGUCCGGAUGCUUUAAAAGGUAUAUAUAUGGCUGUGCUGCCUUUGAAUUACCCGGUGGAGACUAUGGGGGCGGAGGAGCUUACCGCUCUACAAGAUCUCCUCAUGGAAGAAAUAUACAGGGGGUGUGGGUACCCAGUCUCCUUCCAUGGGGUGCAUUUUAAGGGCGGUAUACUACAGGUGGAUUGCAAGGACGAGAGGAGUGCUAAUUGGCUACGGGAGAUCACUCCCAAGCUAGAAGGCUGGAAGGGCCCUGUCCUAUGCGCAAAGAGGGGAGAAGACAUUCCGCCCAUGCACAGCAUGACGGUGUUCCUCCCCAGGUGUGCCGAUAAGCCAUUUGAAUUUGCUCUAGGGCUCGUUAGGAACCAAAAUGAGGGAAUUAGUAUCUCGGCCUGGCGAGUGGUAUAUAGCAAACUUGAGGAUUCUGGAUGGAGGCUGAAUAUCUGUAUUGACGAUGAGUCCUAUAAAUUCAUUCGGAAGCAGGGCUUCCGCAUAAACUACCGGUUCAGCUCGGUAGUUAUGAGACCCUACAGGUCCAAGACUACUAAAGAGAGCGAAAGGGAUGAAAAAAUGCUGGUAAACGAGGAUGCUACAGAAACGAAGGACGGCGUAGAUAAGGACCAGUACCUCAUAAAACAGAUCCUAUAGUCGUCACCGAAAGGUGCCCAGGUGAACCUGCAUCACGCGGUGAUAGCAUCUGCUGCAGGUUUACAUCGGAUAACCUGGCCAUUCUGUUGAGACAGGAGUGAUGGGUCCGCAAAGAAGAGAGUUCCUAACACAGGACCUGGUCUCUGUGCAGGCCAAUGAUAACGAAGGUGCAGACUUCGUCCUGGCAGCGGCCUAAUUUCCGGGAGAAACAUCAUCUGCACCUAAAGAGGCUAUGCGGGGUCUGAUAGACUACUGCAGAAGAAAUAGACCCCCCUCAUUCUGGGUUGCGAUGCAAACGCACGUCACACAAAAUGGGGCAGCACGGACUGCAACACACAGGAAAUAAAAGAGAAGUGCGGGACAUCACCCUGAAUACCAAAUUCAUAGUUGAACGAAUCUCACAGUGGAGAGUGUCAUCAUGGGCUAAGGGUAGAGAUCACGCAACUCCCCCCAAACGGAUAACAAAGAAAAGCAAUUGGGUCACCUAUCGGAAUACGUUAGAGGCGCAAUGGCACUAAGUCAGGAGAGCAGACUGUUCGCUGAUAACAAGAAGAUUAGGUCUGCUAAACAUUUAGCAGAAUUUCAGAAAUUUCUAUGAGAACGUUUCCUCGACACCAGAGGCACGAAGGCUGCACAGUGCUCUGGCUAAAACUGAUGCAGUACUAGCCUUUAAAAGAUGUGACGGAACCUAUACGACCAGUGCGAAAGAGAGAGCUAGCGUCAUAUCACAUAUUAGGGCGUGUGAUUGAUUAUAAAAUAGGUCCAUAUUUGGUUCGAAUACCGACAAAGAGAGUCAACUGUCGAAGAAUUAAAGUUGGUGGAAAGUUAAUGAAAUCAUACUCCUUCCGUAACAUUCAGCAGCUGAGUUCAGCUCGUCGGUUUUACUUCUUUGAAGAAAGAAAAGGUUAAAAUCGCUUUCAUUUCUUCUGCCCCUUACCAUAAAUCAAGGGUAAUGUUUGUCAAAGUUUAUAUGAAUGAGUUUUCGAUUAAGAUUUUGGAGGAAUAUCGAAAAGCUACGGAACUAUUUCAUCAAAUAUUUUGCCAGCGUCUUUAAAACAUCAAAUCUUUAAGAAUCAAGAUUAAAGAAAAUGAAAAAUGCAAUCACAAGUUUGCUUGGAAUUUCGCGUUUCCGAUGGAGCCGCAGCAACGUGUCAUUGAAAAUGUUUCAGAAGUGUUUUGUGCAGUCUACUUUACCGGGAAUGCAAUUAUGUUACGUUUAUUUGAGAGGCUCAAAGUAUACAGUAAAGAUCGAGAAGUAAUUGAAAACUUGCCUGAUGCUAUUCGUCGAUCCACCUCUAUUAAUGAAGGUCACAUCGAAAAAGUUGAAGGCACAGUGCUUGAAAACCGUUAAGGUUUCAGAUUUCAGCGGAUCUCAACUCUUCCUAUGGAUCGACUUAAGUUAUUUCGUUUUAUGCCCGAAACGUGUUAACGCUAGAUACUUAUAAAGAGAUCCGAAUCUUUUGCAAAAACAUUUUACGUCGGGGAAACAACAUGCUUGACACGUAGCUGAAGAUCCUACAUUCAUCAAACGGAUCAUUACCGAUGAUGAGACAUUGUUUUAAAAAUAUGAGAUCGAAACUGUCCAACAAUCUAACGAAUGGCGUGUCAAAAAUGAGCCAAAACCUAAAGAAAAACAAAAUUCACUGAAGGCACCGAAGGCACUUAAGGCCAUCCCAGCCAAAGCUCAUACAUAGCAAGUGUGUGGAAAAGAGGAUAAAACAUUCACAUUCCUGAGUUGAAUCAAAAGAUGCCUAUUUUAAGGGCAACAUUAAAUAUUUAUAUUAAAAUACCUGAAAAUGUAUUUUAUUUUUGAGUCCAGCUCAAAUUUGAUCAAACAGUAUAUGAAAAUAAAAAGUGAAACAGACAACGUGAAUAAACUGAAAA